AUUGCCCUUAUAAAAAAAAAAAAAAUUCUAAUGAAUAGCUGUCUUUACCUAAAGUCUAUAAGAACCCAUUUCAUCCUUCACGCAGGAGGCCAUAUCGCUUUGUCAAGUGCAUCCUGCAUAGUGCCUUUUUGCUUUCUCACUAUCUCCUCUAUUCGAUCUGCCAUAGGUCCUGUGUUCGUCUCUGAAAUUGUGUCAAUGGAUGAGAAUGCAGCUGAUGAAAUCAUGAGGGAGGUUGAUAUAGAUGCAGCGGGGGAAAUUGUGGAGGAAGAAGAAGAAAUCGAACUCGUUAAUAUAGAGUUGGAGGAGGAAGAAAUCUAACUCAUUGUAUUAUUUUAUGUAGAGUAUAUAUUAUUGUUUUUAAUGUUUUUUAAUGAUUGACCACCAUUAAAAUUGAUUUGGAGAGCAUAAUUGAGACCAAGAAGAGAUUUUAUGCAAUAGUUUCUAGUAAUAUAUACCAUAAAUUGAA